AUGUACAACAACUUGUUCCUCUCAAAAACGCUUAUCGCAACGGCGCUUCUACCCUCGUUGGCCUAUUCCCAGGCCAACGCUGGCGAUGCCGGGACGAGAUCAGCCGACGCUUUUCAAUGGAUUCAACCCGCGAACACCACCAUCUUGGGCGAGUACGGCCAUUCGCCACCGGUCUACCCCUCUCCCAACAUCACUGGAGCAAACGGAUGGGAGACGGCUUUGCACAAGGCAGAGCAUUUUGUUUCACAGCUGACGCUAGAUGAAAAAGCGUGGCUAGUGACUGGUGUUCCCGGUCCUUGCAUCGGGAACAUUGGGCCCGUGUUGCGUCUGAAUUUCACUGGCCUCUGUCUCCAGGAUGGCCCAAAUGCCGUACGGCCAUCCGACUAUGUGAGCGUGUUUCCCGCGGGAAUAACGAUUGCCUCGUCCUGGGAUCGAGAUCUCAUCUAUGAGCGAUUCCACGACCUGGGACUCGAGUACAGGGGCAAGGGUGCCCAAGUUGCUCUGGCACCUGUUGGAGGCCCACUGGGCCGAACGCCAUAUGGUGGCCGCAACUGGGAGGGCUUCUCCCCAGAUCCAUACCUCACUGGAGUUGCUAUGGAAUCGAGCGUGAGGGGCCUGCAGGAUGCCGGAGUCCAAGCAACGAUCAAGCAUUGGCUUCUCUACGAACAAGAGAGUCAACGCUACCAGACCACUUAUCCUAAUGGCACGCUCGAGUUCGCCGUGUACUCAUCAAAUGCUGACGACAGGACCAUACAUGAACUCUACAUGUGGCCCUUUGCCAACGCAAUCCACGCCCAGGCUUCGGCUGCGAUGUGUUCGUAUAAUCGUGUCAACGGUUCAUAUGCGUGCCAGAAUUCCAAGCUUCUCAACGGGCUCCUGAAAGAGGAACUCGGAUUCCAGGGAUAUGUAAUGACUGAUUGGGGCGGUCUUCAUUCCGGAGUGGCCUCCGCCCUAGCAGGAACGGACAUGGAUCAACCAGGCUACAUUGAACCCGUGACCCCUCUUCUCAAUCAGACAGGUCUCUCUUCAUACUUUGGCUGGAAUAUAACGUUAGCGGUCCAAAACGGCACACUUCCGGAGACUCGCCUCAACGACAUGAUUAAAAGGAUCAUGACACCGUACUAUUUCCUCCACCAAGACCAAGACUUUCCGGCCACAGACCCGGCCAUGGCGUACUAUAAUACCCAGUUCUCAAGGAGUAAUUACUCCAUGGAUUCGUUCGUGUUUGGAAACAAGAGUCGCGAUGUUCGACAGGACCAUGGCAGCCGGAUCCGACGACACGCGGCUGAAUCGACUGUGAUGCUGAAAAAUACCAAUAAUACGCUUCCUUUGAAAGCCCCGGCCAGUAUAGCAAUCUUCGGAAGCGACGCGGCACCCAAUACUGCUGGGCCUUUCAUCCGUGGACCUUCGGAAAUCGGCACCCUGGCUGUCGGUGGAGGAUCAGGCAAUGGACGAUUUACUUACUUGGUCUCACCUCUGGAGGCCAUCGAGGAACGAGCUGCUCAGGAUAACACUCUGGUCCAAUUUUGGCUGAAUAAUACCAUGAUCAAGGAUGCAGACGUAGAGACCCUGUGGGGCGCGUCGGCUCCGGAAGCCUGUCUUGUUUUUCUGAAGACCCGGGCCACAGAGCGCAUGGACCGCGGGCAUCUGUCUGUGGACCAACACGGUGAUGUUGUCGUGCAGAGUGUCGCUGACAAAUGCUCCAACACGAUUGUUGUGACCCAUUCCGGGGGUAUGAACAUUAUGCCAUGGGCAGACCAUCCGAAUGUCACAGCGAUUCUGGUCGCUCAUUACCCAGGUCAAGAGUCUGGCCAUUCAAUCGUUGACAUUCUCUAUGGUGCGAGGUCCCCUUCUGGCAAGCUUCCCUACACGGUUCCAUUGAACUCCAGUAGCGUGAAUACCGCCCCAACCACCAAUAUUACUACAGCCAAUGUCGACGACUGGCAAUCGUGGUAUUCCGAAGGCCUUGAGAUCGACUACCGCUAUUACAAUAGUCACAACAUCCCUGUCCAAUACGAGUUCGGAUUUGGUCUCUCAUACACAAACUUCAGUAUGGAAAGGCUGAGAGUGAAACCGACAAACCCAGACGCUCACAUUGCCUCUCACCCAGAGGCACUUGAAACACGCCCCGGAGGCAAUCCAGCUCUUUGGGACGUUUUGUUCGAGGCGCAAGUGACUCUCCAGAAUACGGGGUCGACCCUUGGUGCCACUGUGGCCCAGCUCUACGUUUCGUUUCCUGCCGACGUUUCGGAGCCCCCACUCCAACUCCGUGGGUUUGAGAAGACUGAGCUUGCUCCCGGAGAGAGCCAUACAGCGACAUUCCCGCUCAUGCGCCGAGACCUCAGUUAUUGGAACGUCACUCAACAACAGUGGCUCAUACCCACGGGUGAUUUCGUCUUCCGUGCUGGCUUCAGUAGCCGUGAUCUUGGUGACUCGGUGACUCUUCGUCCCGUCGCAGAGUGA